GCCAAAACAGGAAGGGGGUUGCAAAUCAGUGUGCAAAGGGGAGGACCGAAGGUUCCCCUCCCCCCUCUCCUCCAGUCCCAUCGCAGCCUCCUCCUCCACUGUCCCCACUGCCUGUGUCUCUGGGUUUUGGGUGGUUUUUGUUGUUGUUUCCUCUCUUUGUAUUUUUUUUUUUUUAACUGCGCUGUCAAAGACGGUUACCCGGGCGCCGUGAGAGCCAGGGGACAGCAGGGCAGUGAGCUCAGUGCCUCGGGCGGGUCGCUUGGCAUCCGGGGAGGCGGCUCCCGCAUCCCGGACAGCGGCUCCAGCACCGCGGACAGCGGCUCCAGCACAGCGGACAGAGGCUCCAGCACCGCGGACAGCGGCUCCAGCACCGCGGACAGUACUCGCCACCAUCAUGGCUCCGAUAGCGGACAGCCGCCAGCAGUUCGAUGAAAUUCCUGCAGUGGUUGGGAUCUUUAGUGCAUUUGGCCUUGUCUUCUCUGUCUCCCUCUUUGCCUGGAUCUGCUGCCAACGCAAAUCUUCCAAGUCCAAUAAGACCCCUCCAUACAAGUUUGUCCAUGUUCUGAAGGGGGUUGAUAUUUACCCUGAGAAUCUCAACAGCAAGAAGAAGUUUGGAGCAGAUGAUAAAAGUGAAGCAAAGAACAAAUCAGCAAUGCCAAAGAACUCUCUCCAUCUUGACCUGGAGAAGAGAGAUCUAAAUGGCAAUUUCCCCAAAACAAACACAAAAAUGCAGGGCUCUCCUGAUCUUGAAAAUUCAUCUCCUAAACACUUUGCAGAAAGGAAGAAAGAUUCGGUAUCCCCUGAUAGCUUAAAAUCCAUCACUUCUCUGUCAUCUGAAGAUAAACAAGACAAGCUAGGAACUCUCUUUUUCUCCUUAGAGUACAACUUUGAGAAAAAGGCAUUUGUAGUGAACAUCAAAGAAGCUCGUGGGCUGCCAGCAAUGGAUGAACAGUCAAUGACUUCUGAUCCCUACAUCAAAAUGACAAUCCUGCCUGAGAAAAAGCACAAGGUGAAAACCAGAGUGCUGAGAAAAACCUUAGAUCCAGCUUUUGAUGAGACUUUCACAUUUUAUGGGAUCCCCUACAGCCAAAUUCAAGACUUAACGCUUCACUUCAUGAUCUUGAGCUUUGACAGAUUUUCCAGAGAUGAUGUCAUUGGCGAAGUCCUCAUCCCCCUCGCUGGAAUUGAACUCUCGGAAGGAAGGCUGCUAAUGGACAGAGAGAUCAUCAAAAGAAAUGUUAGGAAAUCAUCUGGUCGUGGAGAAUUGCUGGUCUCUCUCUGUUAUCAAUCUACAACAAACACACUAACUGUCGUUGUUCUAAAAGCCAGGCAUCUACCUAAAUCUGACGUGUCAGGAUUAUCAGACCCUUAUGUCAAAGUGAACCUGUACCAUGCCAAGAAGAGAAUUUCUAAGAAGAAGACCCAUGUGAAGAAGUGCACCCCCAAUGCAGUAUUCAAUGAAUUGUUUGUCUUUGACAUUCCUUGUGAAGGCCUUGAUGAUAUCAGCAUUGAAUUUCUGGUUUUAGAUUCAGAUAGAGGGUCAAGGAAUGAGGUCAUUGGCCGGUUGACCUUGGGAUCUUCAGCAGAAGGAACAGGUGGAGAGCACUGGAAAGAAAUUUGUGAAUAUCCCAGGAGACAAAUUGCCAAAUGGCAUAUGUUAUGUGAUGGUUAGCAGGUUAGAGAGGGGUUGGAUCUUAAAAAACUAUAAAUAUUUCCAUAGGCAAGGAGCAGGUUUUUUUUCUUUGCUAUGUAUAAUUACAAGCUUUUAACAACAAAACAUUUUUUUUUUUAUUUUUUCUUUUCAAGGGGGGGUGGGGGGUUUGAAAUAAACUUGAAUUGAAUUAUUACAACAGAAGGUAACUUAAUUUUCACAGUAAAUAAUGAAAUUUUUAUUUCAUUAAACUUUAACAUAAUUAGUUCAGAUUAAUAUUCUUCUACAGUCUUAGUGGCCUGUAAAUUCUGAAGCACUGUAAACCUCAAGAAGAACAAACUAUGUUUUGAAAGAGUCACUUAUUAGUGACUCAUAUAUAGAAGAUAACCUUACUACAAUAUAUCCAAAAAAACCCUGACUGUGGCUUAUUAGGGAAGGGGAUGGAUCUAUAAAAGCCACGGGGAUUGAGGGUGAGUGGGGGGGGAAAUUCCUUUUGCCCCUCCACCAAAAACCUUCUUUUAUGAAAACUUAAUCAUUAUUUGUAAGUUUUGCUUACUUAUACUUUGAUCAUCCCAAAGAAUUAAGAUGUUCUUGGUAUUUUGCUUUACAUAUCACAUUGUGUAAAACUAAUUUUUUUAAGUGUCAGAAUAUU